AUGUCGACCAACUUCCGCGACCGCGCCAUCGCCGAGGUGCAAAAGGCAAUCACUGCCGACCACAACAAGGAGUACCAAAAGGCGUUCGACCUCUAUAUGUCCUCCAUGGAGCUCUGGGUCAAAGCCCUCAAGUGGGAGAAGAACAAGGCCCUCAAGGUCACCAUGCAGGAGAAGAUGGCCACCUACCUCGACCGCGCCGAGAAGCUGAAGCAGUUCCUCCAGAGCGAGGCCGAUUCCAACUCGAACGGCAAGGCUGCCAUGGGUGCUAACGGCACCACCACUGGGGGCAAGGCCAAGCCCUCGGCCGAAGACGACGAGAGCAAGAAGCUGCGCAAUGCACUGUCGGGGGCAAUCCUCCAGGAGCGGCCAAACGUGAGGUGGGAAGACAUUGCUGGUCUUGAGGGCGCCAAGGAGACUCUAAAGGAGGCCGUUGUUCUGCCCAUCAAAUUCCCCAGUCUGUUCCAGGGAAAGCGACAGGCGUGGAAGGGUAUCCUGCUCUAUGGACCUCCUGGAACUGGUAAAAGUUACCUAGCCAAGGCUGUAGCUACAGAGGCAAACAGUACCUUUUUCAGUAUCAGCAGUUCCGAUCUGGUGAGCAAAUGGAUGGGUGAAAGUGAAAGGUUGGUCAAGCUUCUGUUCUCCAUGGCGCGAGAAAACAAGCCAUCCGUCAUCUUUAUCGACGAGAUUGAUGCGCUGUGCGGUCCCCGAGGCGAGGGCGAAUCCGAAGCAUCACGCCGUAUAAAGACCGAGAUCCUGGUUCAGAUGGACGGUGUGGGCAACGACAGCAAGGGCAUUCUAGUUCUGGGCGCAACCAAUAUUCCCUGGCAACUGGAUGCCGCCAUUCGACGUCGUUUCCAACGACGAGUGCAUAUCGGUCUACCCGACUUGAACGGCCGCGCAAGGAUGUUUAAGCUUGCCAUUGGCGAUACCGACACGGCUCUUCAGGCGAGCGACUUUAAUGUGUUGGCUUCCAGGUCAGAUGGCAUGUCUGGUAGUGAUAUCAGCAACGUGGUUCAGCACGCCUUGAUGCGACCAGUGCGCAAGAUUCUGCAAGCCACCCACUUUAAGCCUGUAAUGAAGGACGGCAAGCGGAUGCUUACACCCUGCUCACCCGGCGACCCAGAAAAGAUUGAAAUGACAUACGACGACGUCACUUCGGACGAGCUGCUCGCCCCUGACGUACAGCUCAAGGACUUUGAGAUGGCCUUGGAGGAUUCGCAUCCGACGGUAUCCAAGGAUGAUAUCGCGAAGCAGAUUGAUUGGACCAACGAGUUUGGUAGCGAAGGCGCAUGA